UGGUUUGACUUUAUGGUUUUUGCUAUGAUCAAUUUAUGAGUGCGCUUGUGUAUGAAUUCAUGGAAAAUGGAUCACUUGAUAAAUACUUGUUUAAGGAGAAGCAAAUGAUUGAGUGGGAAAAAUUACAUGAAAUCGCAAUAGGGAUGGCCAAAGGUAUUGCUUAUUUGCAAGAAGAAUGUCAAGAGAGAAUCAUCCAUUACGAUGUAAAACCCACAAAUGUGCUCCUUGAUGCAAACUUCUUCCCUAAAGUUGUUGACAUUGAGCUAAUGAAACUCUUUGGGAGGAGAAGAAACACAAUUAUGAGUUCAUCUAAAAGCCUCGAUUGGUUUCCUAAGCAUGUAUGGGAGAAAUACAAGAAAAGCAAAUUGGCUAAGAUGACAAAGACUUGUGGGAUUGAAGAAAAGGAUAAAGGAAAAGCAGAGAAAAUGUUAGUGAUAGCAUUAUGGUGUGUUCAAGACUCACCAGAAGUGAGGCCACCAAUGAGUGCAAUAGUGAAGAUGCUAGAAGGAAUGGAUAUCAUGCUACCUCCUAAACCCUUUCAUUAUGUAUACUCACUAAGGACAAAUACACUCAAGCCACUAGUGACUGUCGUUGGUUCAAGUUUCUCCUCAAUUAAAGAAACUAAUUCUUAUUGGUACAAAGAGAGCACGCCUAUCAUGGCCAAAUAUGAAAUACAAAUGGCCACUUCUUGAUAAUACUAAAAUCUAGAUUUCAGAAAGUCAAUGCAUGUUUUGUUUUGAUGUUAUUAUGUAAAGUUUCUCUUCUUUUGUUUAGCAAACAAAUUUGUGCAUGUCAUUUACCAUGAUUAUUUAGUGCAAGUUGAUUAAACCUUAAGACAACAAAUUCUAAUGUUCAUG